UGAAUGUGUAUGGAUUGAGAGAGCAUUUCGAUGACAAGCAUAUCGGAAGACAGAAAAUGGACCCAGAGCAUAAUUCAGCAAUGGAUGAAUACAUUAACCGCAGUUUAUUCAAAGACAAGAAGUUGAACAUGCUGUGGUCGAAGGCGGAGGCAUCAGGGUUUACUCCGGAGGAGCUGGCGGCGCUGCGCGAGGAGUUCACACACCACCAGGAGAAGAUCGACCAGUACUAUGAUUUGCUCGGCAAUGUGGAGACAGAAGGACAUGAAGGAUUUAAAAAUGCCAUUAAUGAUGAAGAAAUGGUAAACUUCAAUGAAGUGAACUUGGAAACAAAUGAGGUAUUGAACAAGGACUUCGUGGAUAAGGCCAACUUGUUAAGAGAUAAGCACCGCGGUCUGCGCGACGGAUAUGACCGUCUCCAGCGCAUUUCCGCUAGAGGUCCCAACAACAAGGAGUUCGUGGAGCCGAAGGUGCAAGGCUUGUGGCGAAUGGCCGCCGCCGCCAACUUCACGGUCGACGAGCUCGCCUCUAUAAAGGUGGAGCUGCAGCACUACGAGUCUCGCCUGCUGAAGCUGCGCCACCUGCAGGCAGACCACGUAAGCAAUCUAGAGAAACAUCACUCCAAGGUGGCAGCUAGUGGAGACAAGAUGGACAUGUUCGCGGAGCAGCAGCAGCAGAUAAAGAAGCAUUCCAGAAAGGUAGAGAAGAUGCACGACGAUUUGCACAAGAGGAUCGCACAGCGUCACACAGAGUUGUAGUUAUUUUUUUUUUUAAUUAGGAAUAUAUUACCUUUUAAGUAACCAGUGAUUUCCAAAGGCAUUUAUUUUAUAAAAUCAAGAAUGAAAAGGUCUUCAUUUAAACAGAUUUUAAAUAUUCUUUUACAAUUAGAAAUUUAGUUAUAAAUGUGCUGGAUUUCGCCGUGACGCCAACAGGAGCAGCUAAAGUGUACGCAGCAAGAAUUUUUACAUUGACUUGAUCUCUGUCGCACCUAAGUAAAUAUUCUACUCCUGAAGUUUGAAGAUCGUUAAGUUUUAUUAUUACUGUUUUUUGUAUUGCCCAUCAAAAAUGUUUACUUUUUUUGUGUAAAGAAUCUUUACAAACACCUACAUAUCAAGUUGUAAAAAAAGAGGACAAUUAUGAUUUCGUCAUUUUUAUAAGUCGCUAGAUUUGAUUAUUUUUAUUACAUUUUCUUAAUUCAGUUUAAAGGUUUAUUUUUGAGAUCUAAUUAUUUUUAAAAAACUCAUUUGGUGUUUGACACAGCUGUAACUGUAAAGUACAUAUUUUUGUUUAAAUAGAAUCUCUUGUUUUUA